AUGUCUAGAGCUUGUGGGCUGUAUGAGGAGUAUCACGAAAGAAGAUAUCCCGUGGAAAUCGACGGCCACAGAGACCUACGGAUGGUUUUGAGUAGAAACGAUUGCCCUCUGCCAUUGGACACUGGCAUCAGCAGUAAAUUCGAUGAGAUUUUCUCCGAUGACUUCCUCAGUAACGGACUCAGUGAUGAUCCGAAUAUAUUAGCUCAGCAAUCAUCGGUACCUUACAGAGGAGAUAUUCCUAUUCCUUUGAUGCCCACAUUAGAUGAUUCUGGAAUCCUCAAAGCACUCAAUUCUCUCAUAACAGUCGUUAAUCUAGAAGUAAAAAGGUGCGAAGCUACAACACAAGCCCUUGAUCAUCUUCGAAGACUCAUUGAACAGUGCCAAGCCUGCAGGAAUCCCCCUCCCACUAUCGUUGCUACUUGUGACAGUCACCCUCCAGGAUGUUAUCCAGGAGUCAGGUGCCGUAACACUCCCGCUGGACCUAUUUGUGGACCGUGUCCUCGAGGUUAUGUCGGAGAUG